AUGCUAGUGUGACUGUGUGUUUUUGGGGAGGAAGCUUGUUUAAGGGUAAGGUUCUAGGUGGAUCUGUGAUUGUAUUUUGCCUUCUUUAACUCAUGUGUUCGGGUUGUUGUUUGCGUAAGAGGAACUGGAGCUUGCUGCGGGUGGGGAGUGGAUGGUGCAUGCAGGUUGGACGUGAGAAGGCCAAAAGAUGGCAAGAGCUCAAGCUCUACAGAUGUUUGCCUUGUGCAUGCUGUCAGCACCCCCCUCCCCCUCCCCAUCUGCAUCUCUGAAGGUUGGGGGUGGAGGACGGAGCAAGAUAUCACUGCCACUUCAGGGCAAGCGCAUUAGAUAGACCUGGUAAAUGUCAAUAACAGUGUGAUUCUCUGAUCAGCUUGAGGUUUGUUCAUGGAGGAUGUUCUGUGUUCCUCUGUUUGUGAACAAGAGAUGGUGGGGAUGGCGUGUGUGAUAAUAACCCAGGCAUCAGGAGAGAAAAGGAGCCUUUUUAAAACCGCUCAAGCUGCAAAAUGAUGGGAAACGUUAUGUCGCUUGGAAGGUCUCAAGUCCAAGUGCCGCAUCAAAAUGGAAAUUUCCACAGAGGUUCAGCAAUGGCAUCAAACGACGCCUAAUCUGAUGAGUUAUGGGCCAUCGGUCUGAUGUGCAUAUCAUAUUCAGAUGGCAUUUUUUGGCUGAAGGAGGAGGGAAGGAGUCAGAUGCAACUGAAGGGAUGGAAAUCGCAACACGAUCCAAGGUCUCUGAUCAAGGGUCAGCAGAAAGGACCGUCCCGAAGCGCAAGGUUUCCAGCCCUCCUCAUUCCUCAAAUGGACACUCGCCUUCGGAAACCUCCUCUAGUCCUGUAAAAAAGAAGAAGAAACCAGGAGCUGUCAAUAACAGUAAAGACCAGUCAGAACUAAGACACGGUCCCUUUUACUAUGUGAAGCAGCCCGCACUCACCACAGACCCUGUUGAUGUUGUGCCGCAGGACGGGCGGAAUGACUUCUACUGCUGGGUGUGCCACCGCGAGGGCCAGGUGCUCUGCUGUGAGCUCUGCCCGCGCGUCUACCACGCUAAGUGCCUCAAACUGGCGGCAGAGCCCGAAGGAGACUGGUUCUGCCCUGAAUGUGAGAAAAUAACAGUUGCAGAGUGCAUAGAGACUCAGAGUAAAGCUAUGACGAUGCUCACAUUGGACCAGCUGUCUUUCCUGCUGAAGUUUGCCCUCCAGAAGAUGAAGCAGCCUGGUACGGAGCCAUUUCAGAAGCCGGUGUCACUGGAACAGCAUCCUGAUUAUGCUGAGUAUAUAUUUCAUCCCAUGGAUCUCUGCACUUUAGAAAAGAAUAUUAAAAAGAAAAUGUAUGGCUCCACUGAGGCUUUCCUGGCUGAUGUGAAGUGGAUUUUGCACAACUGCAUCAUUUAUAAUGGAGGCAACCAUAAGCUUACAGCAACGGCUAAAGUUAUUGUAAAGAUCUGUGAACAUGAAAUGAAUGAGAUCGAGGUCUGUCCAGAGUGCUAUCUCUCUGCAUGCCAGAAAAGGGACAACUGGUUUUGUGAACCAUGUAGCAACCCCCACCCUCUGGUCUGGGCCAAGCUGAAGGGAUUCCCAUUUUGGCCCGCAAAAGCUCUUCGAGACAAAGAUGGACAAGUGGAUGCACGUUUUUUUGGGCAACAUGACAGGGCCUGGGUUCCUAUUAACAACUGCUACCUCAUGUCCAAAGAGAUCCCCUUCUCUGUGAAGAAGACCAAGAGCAUCUUUAACAGUGCCAUGCAGGAAAUGGAAGUAUACGUAGAGAACAUCCGGAAAAAAUUCGGAGUCUUCAAUUAUGCUCCAUUCCGCACACCUUAUACACCAGAAAACCAGUUCCAGAUGCUCCUGGAUCCCGCAAACCCUAGCGCGGGCUUUGUCAAACCUGACAAACAGGAGAAGAUCAAGUUCAGCUUUGAUGUAACGGCAUCUCCUAAGUUGCUCGUGGGAAAGAGCAUGGUGUCCGGUGGAAACCUAGGGAGUGGAAGAGGAAGGCGAAUCUCCAUGUCGGACAUGCCUCGUUCACCAAUGAGCACCAACUCCUCUGCCCAUACGGGAUCUGAUGGAGAACAGGAGACUGCAGAGAAAGGUCAUGCGAGAGCGGCUCUGCCACAUUACAACACUGGAGAGGAGUCAGUGGACUGCACUGCAUCACCUGCCCCUCCUAGAGCAGGUCUCACAGGAAACACCUUAGAGAGCCCUAAACCUUUCCAUUCGCCGGCUCCCAGCACCCCUGUUAAACAGGAGAAGACCCCCACUACCGGCAGCAUCCUCAACCUCAACCUCGAUCGUAGUAAAGCAGAGAUGGACCUGAAGGAGCUGAGUGAGAGUGUCCAGCAACAACAGCAGCAGGGGGUUCAGCCUUCCCUCACCUCCCCUAAGAGACAGAUCAGGAGCCGUUUCCAACUCAACCUGGACAAGACCAUCGAGAGCUGCAAAGCACAGCUGGGUAUAGAUGAAAUAUCUGAGGAUGUGUAUAAAGGAGUAGCGCACAGUGAUUCAGAGGAAUCCGACAAGUCUGACUGCAGUGACAGUGAAUAUGGCAGCGAGGAUGAACAGAAAUCUAAGAGCGGCCAAGAUGACAAAAACGCAGUUGAUGAUAAAAAUGAGAAAGAGCCACCCAAGAAAAAGUCAAAACCAUCAGUGGCUACUGCUGAGGAAAAUGCCAGCAGCACAGAGUCUGUUGCAACAGCCAGUACAACAACCAAAGGAGAAACCAGCCAAAAAACAAGCACCUCCGAGCCUAUAGCUAAAGACAAACCAGGUAUGGAUUCCGAGAAGGAACCUGUUGCACCCCCAGACUCCAGAGAGAAACCCAAGGGCUCUGAAGAGGCCAUGCAGCUGGCAUCUGUGGAUGUAGACUCGGACUCUGAGAGGGAGCUGGUCAUCGACCUGGGAGAAGAGCAGGCAGGGAAGGAGAGGAAGAGGAACAGGAAAGAUUCAGCCGCUGUCACCGCACUCAAAGAGCCCACAGCCUCCAAACCUGAAGGUAAAGCCACUCCAAUUUCAAGCAGCCUAACCCAGUCUCAAAUCUCAACGGUCCUUUCCUCCUCCCCAACUGUUAAGGAUCCAUCUCAGUCCCCUUUGGCCUUACCGCUUAACAUAAUACCCCUCACAGCAGCUCCAACCAGCACCACUCUGACCUCCUCCACCCUCCCCAUCACCAGUGCCUCCACCGCCAAUAGUUCAUCACCCAUCUCCACCAACACAGUAAAGAAGCAGCGGCCCUUACUGCCCCGAGAGACUGUACCUGUGGUGCAGCAGGCCGUCGUGUGGAACCCCACCACCAAGUUUCAGACGUCCUCUCAAAAGUGGCACAUGCAGAAGGUGCAUAGGCAGCAGCAGGGCCAAACUCAACCGGCCACGCAGGCGCAGGUGUUAACGCAGGUGCAGCGCAGCCAACAACCGCAGCAGCAAGCUCAGGUCUCCUCAUCCUCGUCGGGGCAGCAGCCUUCAUCCAGCACCAGAUACCAAACACGACAGUCUGUGAAAAUACAACAGAAAGACUCGCCACACACCACCUCCACCUCUGCCGUCACACUGGUGACCAGCACACCUGCGUCAGCCUCCAUGAGCUCUUCCUCUUCAUCAUCAACAUCCACGACUGCAGACUUCCAGAUCCCCACCACAUCUGCAGAUGUAGCAGCUGAUAUAGCGAAGUACACUAACAAAAUCAUGGAUGCAAUUAAAGGGACAAUGACUGAGAUAUAUAAUGACCUUACCAAAAGCACGUCGGGAAACACAAUAGCAGAGAUUAGAAGGUUGCGAAUCGAAAUUGAAAAACUGCAGUGGCUGCAUCAACAAGAAUUAUCAGAGAUGAAGCACAAUUUAGAGCUAACCAUGGCAGAGAUGAGGCAGAGUCUUGAGCAGGAGCGAGAGCGAAUCGUGACGGAGGUCAAGAAACAGAUGGAGGUGGAGAAACAGCAGGCUGUAGAUGAAACUAAAAAGAAGCAAUGGUGUGCAAACUGCAGAAAGGAGGCCAUUUUCUACUGCUGCUGGAACACCAGCUACUGCGACUAUCCCUGCCAACAAGCACACUGGCCUGAGCACAUGAAGUCAUGCACACAGUCUGCAACAUCAUCACAGCAAGAACAAGAGUCAGAAAGCAGCACAGAUGCUACUCUCAAAGCCCCUGGACAGCCGAACAACUCCCCUAGAGAGACUGUAUCUGCUACACCUGCAGACAAAGACAGUGAAGGGGAUAAAGCCAAGGACAGUGUCUCUGCCACUAUGUCCUAGCUCACAUGUACAAAACAUACACUACAUCAGCACUUAUGUCUGUACAGCUGUACAUAGAUGUUGUCAAAUUCUUCACUACAGAUUGUUUUAACAUUUGUCUUGCCUUUUUUGUGCUUUUGUGUUUUUUUUUUUCUGUGUAUGACCAUCUGAAUGUUCCAAAUCUAAUACACAAAGACCAUCCAAACAUUUCCUGCUGCAGGUUUGAGAAGGUUGUCUGCUUCUAUGUUGGGUUCGAUUAUAAACAACAACAAAAAAGACCAGUUUAUUUGUUAUUAUAAUUUUUUUUUAUCUUUUAGUACGUGGGGUCUGAUAACUUUUAAGUUUAUCUUUUUAAUGUUGCCAAAAUAUAUUUAUAAUAUUCCGAAACCCUCAUCUGCUGGUAAUCUUUAAAAGAUGAGUUACAUCAGUCAUUUUAAAAAUGAUUGCAGCGAAAAAAAUGUUUUUUUUUUUUUUUCAGUUUCAAAAGCUAAAAUAAAAAUAUUAUUGUGUUGAAUUAAUUUUUUUAUUCAUGUUAUUCCAUCAAAAGAACAUUUGUGACCUUGGACCAAAAAAACUCUCUUAAGUUCCAAUUUUUCCGAAAUUGAGAUUUAUGGAAAAUCAGAAAGCUGAAUGAAUGAGCUUUCCAUUGAUGGUUUAUUAGAUUCGGACAAUAUUAGGCCAAGAUUCAACUAUUUGAAAAUCUGGAAUCUGAAGGUGCAAAAAAAUCGAAAUACUGAGAAAAUCGUUGUUGUCCGAAUGAAUUCUUAGCAAUGCAUAUUACUAAUCAAAAAUUCAGUUUUGAUAUAUUAACAGUAGGAAAUGAACAAAAUAUCUUAAUGGAACAUGAUUUUUACUGAAUAUCCUAAUGAUUUUUGGCAUAAAAGAAAAAUCUAUAAUUUUGACCCAUACAAUGUUUUUUGGGCUAUUGCAAAAAAGUUUUUUUGUGGUCCAGGGUCACAUUUGGUUAUAUAAAACUCAAAAAACUAAAUUAUAUCUUGAUACAACGAUAAGAUGAGUUUAAACACUGUUUCACAAACAUGACUACUUUAUCACUAUCUUGUUCGAUUGUGUGUCUCAAUGGAAAAGAGAUGGUUAAAACAUGUUGUAAAACUAUUAUCACUUGAUAAGAGUGCGAAUUAUAAAUUUGUUUAUUUUCUGUCCUGUAUCUCAAAUGCCUUUGUUUUUUUUCUGUUCACUUCUGUGAUCUGUUGUAUGUUGAAGUUCGUGACAUCAGUAGGAUCUCAUGGUUCUCUUUUUAAGUUGACCUUAAAGUGCAAAGGUAGUGUUAGAUCAUUGAUGAAUGAUAAUAGAUUUUGUCAUGUUUAUAUUGUUGGUGUCAAAGAAUUGUUAAGAUGAUAAGUCUUCAUUUUAUUUGAACAUUGGUGAGAUCUAUUUUUUUUAUAUUACAUUUUAAUAUUAACAGGACCAUACUUCUCACCAGUACAGGUGAUUAAGAAAGUACUUGUUUGAUGCUGUUUUUUGUUAGUUAUAAUUUUGCAUUUAUCAUUCAUAUGAUGCUGUAUUCUCAAUGUUUGAAGAACCGAUUCUAAAGAAUGCAUAAGAUACUGUAUCUAUGAACCACAAACAGAAACAUUCCUCAUGUUAUGCUGUUAAUAGUGCAUACGUAUGUUACUUCAAACCAUAUACAGAAAAGGAGAGUGGUUGAGAGUGGCUGUCAGUAUAAAGAAGAACAGAUUGAUGUUUACAUAUUGUAUAUAAAUAAAGGUCUGGUGGUCUAAAUUAUAAUUUAAUAGUUUUUGUAUGGUGCAAGUGUAUUAAAGAGAACACCUGAUAAAAGUGUUAUA